CAAGCCUUCACACUAUUCUCUAUUGAUAGCUUUUCUUGAAAGAACAAAUCCUCUAGGAUCUCUUUCUUCAUUCUAUUAUGAAAAUACAUAUAAACACAAAACCAUGGGAGUAAUUCGUUUGCCAGUUGUUACUCUUGCAAAGCAAAUUGUCCGGAUGUCUACUUUGACUGCAUCUAGAGCAGCUUCAACAUCAUCAGAUGUACCAAGAGGCUUCCUUGCUGUCUAUGUUGGAGAAAAGCAGAAACAAAGAUUUGUGGUUCCCGUGUCCUACUUAAACCAACCUUCAUUUCAAGAUUUGCUAAGAAAGGCUGAAGAAGAAUUUGGGUUUAAUCAUCCAAUGGGUGGUUUGACUAUUCCCUGUAGAGUAGACACUUUCAUUGAUGUCACUUCUCGCUUGAGUGGCUCAUAAGAGAAUGCGCUCAAUCUACCAUUGAGGCAAUUUUGUAUAGCAGGACACAGACAACAUGUUGUAGAACCUUUAUUUUUUUUUAUUUUUUUUGUCCUUGUUUUCUGCUAUUUGGCAGAAAAAAGAAUCUUUCCAUUUGA